AUGGUGGGGCUGCAGCUGCCUGUCUCCCCUGGCAUUGCCAAAGACACGGAACAGAACCAGAGCCGGGAGGUUUAUUCUCUCAAUGCAGGGGGAUUCCUGGAGGUUUAUUGUCAAUGCAGGGGGAUUCCGUUGCCACUUGCUGCCAUCUCUGCACGAUCAACUCCUAUGCAUCUUCCCUUGGACUUGUCUGUGCUCAGCGCCAGGCCCCCGCCCACCCGCUUGCCUGAUUGUCGUGGGUCCCGCAGUCACUGGCUCCGCGGACGUUUUGCUCAUCUCCUGCAGAGAAUCCUGGAGGACGCCUUUCUAUCCCCAGCCUCCUUGGGGCAAAGGCCGGGGUGCCCAGGUCUCAGGCUGCAGGGCAUCAUUGCCUGCGAGCAGCUCUCUGGGGGCAGGCCAGGGGCUGGCCAGCGGGGCCUUGUGGAAUGUCACGGGAGUGGCACUGCCUUUCCGUGGGGCCUGUGGGUCACACUCCCUCCAAGAAGGGGAACGGACCCACCCCUGGCGGAGUCCUGGGCCUCCGUCCCUGGCUCCCGGGAGGCCUGCCUGGGAACGCAGCUGCAGCUGGGAGAGGAAGGCACCGGAGGUUCCCACACCGCCGCUCUUCCAGAACUCGCUCCGCCGCCGAUUUGGAGCAGCUUACAUUUUGUUUUGUCUCUGCUUCCAUCCGCAGUAUUUAUUUCUGCCUCCUGUGUUUCUGUUCUUCUCCAGUCUCCCCAGAGUCCAUUUCUUUCUUUCCAUCUCUAUAAGGAACCAGCUUCUGCCUCCGAGGAGUGUCUCUGCCUCGCCCUGUGCCGACUCCCAGCUCGCACUCCUGUCUCACGUUCCCUUGGCAUUUUGGUUUUGCUCUGUUAUUUGUUUGUUUGUUUAUUGAGACGGAGUCUCACUCUGUCCCCCAGGCUGGAGUGCGGUGGCGCCAUCUCAGCUCACUGCAACCUCCGCCUCCCGGGUUCAAGUGAUUCUCCUCCCUCAGCCUCCCAAGUAGCUGGGACUACAGGAGAGGGCCACCACGCUUGGCUAAUUUUUGUUUUCUUGGGUUUUUUUUUUUUUUUUUUUUUGAGACAGAGUCUCAUACUGUCGCCCGGGCUGGAAUACAGUGGGGCCAUCUCGCUCACUGCAACCUCUGCCUCCCAGGUUCAAGCGAUUCUCCUGCUUUAGCCUCCUGAGUAACCGGAAUUACAGAUUAGGACACUCAAGUCCAGAAGGUGGAGACCACCUGCUCAAGUCCUGCAGCCGGUGCGGAACCCUGG